CAGACUCAGUGAUCGCCACGAAAAUGAUUGUUAUGCUUUAGUGUCUCUUCUUCACCUGCAGGUAGAACUGAUGCAGGUUCCUGAGCUGAGGAACAUCAGGAGACACGAUUAGAAACAUCUCAAACCUGAACCUCUUUCAUCCUUCUAGAUGGAAACACACGUGGAGGAACACCUGAGGUCUCCAUGAGGUGGUUUCAGUGAUCCAAUAAGAGCUGCUAAAGGUCGCAGGUCAGUCUGGGUCAGGUGUAAACAUCUGUCCUAAGAAGAAGGGGAGAAGGAGGAGAUGGGAGGAGGAGUGUGCAGGGAGGAGGUGAAGGAGGAGAAGAGGAGGAGCCUUGGUAGAGAGGGAAGCCUGACAUCAACGGACAAAAUCAGAAGAUUCACCGUCAAACAGUCUGGAUACAACGUGCUGAGCCUGGCACGCCGCGGUCUGAAGGACGUUCCAGCUGACCUGUGGGAGCUACAGGAGCUGGAGAAGCUGAACCUUUCCCUCAACAGCCUGAAGCUCCUCCCACCUCAGCUGGCUCUGCUCUCCAACCUGGUGGUCCUAAACCUGUGGGGGAACCAGCUCAGCAACCUGCCAGCAGAAAUAGGACAACUGAAGAGACUCCGGGUUCUGUUCAUCUACAGGAACCGACUGACUGAGGUUCCUGAAGAGCUGGGAUCCUGCACACAGCUGGAGGUUCUGAGUCUAGCCAACAACCACAUUUCAUCGCUGCCAUCUUCUCUCUCCAACCUGAGCAGACUCAGGAAGCUCAACCUCAGUCACAACCUAAUAGCUCAUGUUCCAGGCUGUGUCUACAGCAUGAAGGCCCUGGUGUUUCUGGAUCUGUCCUGUAAUCAUCUGGAGAACCUGGCAGAGAACAUUCAGGCUCUGGUGGAGCUCAAGAUCCUCAUCAUGGAGGGAAACAUCCUACAUUCUCUGCCCAGAGGUCUCUGCUUUCUCACAGGGCUGGAGCUGCUGAAUCUGGACUUCAACGACAUAAAAGACGUUCCUCAGGAGAUGCACCGGCUGUCCCGCCUGGAGAAGCUCGCCUGCCAUCCGCUGGAUAAAGGACUCCACAUCAUCCACAACCCACUGCUGAAACCUCUGAAGGAGGUUAUGGAGGGGGGGCUGAGCGCCCUCUUUAGCUACCUGAAAGCCGGUGGUGAAUAGGAUGGGGACAGUUCUACCUGGGAUCAAAUGGGGGGGUCUGUCACUGAACGACUCGUCUCAGAACCAUGAUUAUUCCUUUCAGCAACAGUUUUGCAGAUCACAGUUGAAGGUUAUUACCUCCAUGAAUGAUAAAACCUGUUAAACCACAUCCUGUAAAAUGUUUAUAAUAUAUUGCAAAUAAAAUGCCAGCUGUAUCGUUAUUAAAGGUAUAGUGGUUCUGGAUAUUCAGCUAAACUUGUUAACUUCUAAAGACCGUUUGCUGCACCUUUCAGACAUAAUAAAAGUACAGGGGGAUGUGAGAGUAUAUUUUUCCGUAGCCUGUUUGUAAUGUGUUCAAAGAGUGCCCUUUCUCUGUCUAAAUAGGGGUGAUUAUUAAGAAGCCUUGUUCCAGUCUCUGCUGGAAUGUAGGACGUUGUAGCAGGGGCGCUAACCCUAAACCCUCUCUACUCUAGACAAAGAUUAACAUGUCCUUACUGUGUUCAAGGUUCUCACAUCCCCUUUCUGGUGUGAGCGGAAAACAGUCGUCUGAAAUUUUUGUCUGGCUAAAUUUAUGUCUUUGAUUAAUUUAGUUGUUUUCCUGCUUUUGUUUAAGUGUUUGAGAAAGUGAGUGUUUUGGUAUAAAUGUCUGUGCUUAGGAUGGUUAAGCCAGAGCUUUUAUGUACUCUCUGUCCAAAGGACGUUAAAUAAAAGUGAAUAUUA